AUGGACAUACGACAGUGGCUUGAGAAUACAGCAGAUAGAGAACCACCCGAUGAGCGCGUUGAGACGGGAUUUCCUGCUUUCCUCCAACCCGAGCCGGGCGCCAUACAACCCCGACGCAAGGCUCGCCAGAAGAGAAAGCGCGCAUCAAGCGGUCCAGGAGUCGAUGCCCGUCAACCAUCGGCGCAAUCUUACAGCUCCGAGGGGGCACGACUGGGUGGGAAUGGUGCAGUGGCAAGAACCUCCUCGAGUUCAGACAGUUCAAGCGCACCGAGCCGAGAGAGUAUAGUCUCGGAUCGUCGCGAGGCCCCAAUCGAGACAUUUCAAAGGCGAGCGCGUCACAAGACCAAGCCUGAUCGUUACGAAUCGAAGCCUAAGCGCAGGAAGAAGGAGCACGGGUCUAGCCGUGAGAAGAAACCCAACUCCAGGCGACGCAAAUCGCACCGCAACGGGGACGGCGCUCGUACGACGGGUCUGGUCCAGAGCUUUCAUCUCAAAAAUGGCCCCAAGAACCAGCGGCUUACUCUUAAACCAGAUGCCAGCGCAGGGAUAUUCAAGAACGGCCGCGCCUCGGGUCCAGUCGAGACGAGUGGUCCGGGUUUGCCCGACUUGGUAUUCAACGAGAUGAGGUUCCUGCGCCGGCCGAAGGAGCACCAAGACGAACAACCCGUGAACGCCUCGAAAAAGCCAAACAAGAAGUCUCAAAAGCAGAUGCAAGAGGAGGAGAUUUCGGCGUACUUCAACAAGAACUUGGCGCCAGACAAGCAGAACGGCGUUAUCAAAUCAGGUGCGCUUCGGUCGCAGAGCGCCAGGAAGCGACCUCUGGAGCCGAUCUUAGGCCCUCCCCCACACCCUGUGGAGCUUCCAGAAAAGGCGUUCUUGGGUUUUGGCAGCAGAGGUCCGCCCCAGGAGAGCAUUGAAAGGCAGCUAUCCAGCAACAGCUACUGCACAUGGUCUGAAUCGCUGCCGGCCAAGCAAUCGCCCGUUACAGGUAGGCCGACCUUACCAGCAUUCUCCCGGGCGGCGGAGCGUGAGGACCCGAGACGCAGCGUUGUGUCGAACACGCUGCCGCCAAGCAUUGCAGAAUCGCCAAAGACACGGCAGAGCCAGUCUCCAGCGAUGGGAGGGCGGGGGCUUCGAAGCCGCAGAGCUGGAACGAAAGCUUUGGGGGAAGUGCAUCAAGCUGUCAAGCAUACCUCUCGCGGUACCAUUGCUGCCGUCGAUGAAUCAUCUGAAUCACUUCCAAAGACCAUUCCGAUGUAUGACGAUGCGCAGGUACAUCAGAAGGACAGCAGUUGGCAUGCGGGUAGCUUGCAUACAUCGGACAUACUGCAGAUCCGAAAUUCGACCAGGGUGGCGCGUAUUUCUCCCUCAACUGGCCCUCAAGAACGCGAAUGUAGCGUCACACUCGACAAAGAAUACCCUGCAACAUCAACGCCCACGAGCGAGGGACUGCGCCGUGCUUUCGGAGCAGUCACAAAGCAAGACGCAAGGAUCGAUGGACAUACCCAAUCAAUGGCAUCUCAUCACAGUCGUGAGCAGCACGAACAGGCCCUUUCAAAUCCCACGAGCCUGCAGCGCAUUCGACCAGCCGAGCAUCCCAAAGUCCCGUCUAGUCCACCACGGUGGGAGAUUCCUCGAAGAGGUUUCAGCCGGACCGUUGACUCCACGCGCYCACAGCAGAGACCAUCUAGCAGGCUUACUCGUGCAAUGGAAGCACAAAGUACACAGCGACCGCAGCCACGCUCUCGCGAAGCAUCCCGACCUUUUAGUCGACCUGGCAACGAAGAGAUGCUAGAUGUGCUGCCGGACGCGCCGUUGAUCAGACCGCAGCUAUUGUACGACAACUUCAGCACGCGCAAUACCGAAUUCCUGGCAUGCGGCUCGGUACAUGGCCAUGAGUAUGGGGCAAGUCAUCAACUUGGACCUGACUUUGUUGAACCUGCAAUGGAUCAAGACGACUACCCAGUGGCAGCAUCUCAGUUCGACACAUUGGAGGCAUUAGAGCCUACUGGUUUCGCCCAAGACUCGCACUCUUUUCCCAGCGAGCAGAUGGAGAAAGAGCAAUUGCGGGAGGCGUUGGAGAGUAGACGCUACAGCGGAGAGCCCUUUCAGCGUCGGAGCGAUAUGGACAGCAGCCAUCGGGAGGUCGCAAAUCCUGGCUUGGCGAGCUUUUGGAGGCUGAACAUGCUGUACUGA